GAGAUAAAGACGGAGGUAUCACACUCGGGGGAUGUACAUAAGAGACGCAACAACACCUGUCGUCGUCGUGUCCGGACGUAAUGCUGUAUGCCAAGCGGAGAAGCUGUAUUCCUACAACCAUGAAGACACAAGUCAUGCUUGGUUUAGUUUUGGUACACUUAACUUCAGGAAAUGUAUUGUUGCCCGAGUUCGCCUAUCUGCAGUCCGAAAUUGACGAGUGGCUAAAAUUAGGCAAACCAACAGAGCUAGCUUUCCAUGGCUCAGAUAUUAGCAGCCUAAUCGAUGUACCACGUGGUUCCCAACUACUGGACCCAGGACUGAGAGCGACAGAUUACGAAGGAAACGUUUUUUUCUACUUUUUCAACAGAGACAACCCGAAUGGUACACUAGUUUCAAACAAUGCACAAGCCUUGAGCUUAGCAGGCUUUGAUGGAAGCAGAUCGACCAAGAUUGUCAUUCACGGCUAUGAGACAAACAUCACCGGCGAGAUUUUCACUGCUAUGGUACCAGUUGCACAUUACACGGAAGCUUAUGUGAAGAAAGUAUACAUCUCCGCACUGCUCCAUGAUAGUGACUGCAACGUGCUCGGCGUUGACUGGGGCCGCCUCUGCCCUGCUCCGAAUUAUGUGGAGGCCCGGGCCCAUGUGUCCGGCGUCGCCAAGCUAGUGGCUGAGCUUCUCGACACACUCCUUAGCGACGGCCUGCUCCGCCACAAGGACGUGCACAUCAUCGGACAUAGCCUCGGCGCUCACGUCGCCGGCACCGUUGGGAAGAACGUUAAGACUGGCAUCCUACAACGAAUUACGGGACUGGACCCGGCAAUGCCGCUGUUUCUGGUGCUCAAAGGUGAUCGGCUUGGCCGUGGUGACGCAGUCGUCGUUGAUGUGGUGCACACGUGCGCGGGGCUGGCCGGCUUGGAGGACGCCAUUGGGGACAUCGACUUCUACCCGAACGGUGGUCGGCACCCGCAACCUGGCUGCGGGCUGCUAGACCCGGGCUGCAGUCACCAGCGCUGCAUCAAGCUGCUGGCCGAGUCAGCGUGGGAGGAGAGCGCCUUCCAGGCCCAUCAUUGCCAAGGCCUGGCGGACGCCAGCAGCGGCACUUGUGGGACCACGGGCGCCACGGCGCACAUGUCUAUUAAUCUCCAGUACACGGUCGGUGGGCCGUACUACCUGCAAACAGCAGCCUCGUCUCCUUUCGCCGUGGAAGCACAUCAGGCUGCAGUUAACUAAUUCACUCGAGGAUUGAAUCACUGCUGUACUCAUGUGUAUACGCAAAGUGUACUUCUACUUUCCUCAUCUGUAAAGUUUACAAAUCUGUACCCAUGGCUUACUCACACCAUGUUUUCCCCGUUUUGACGAUUUACUCGUCCUGUAUUUUCCGUGUACUCUAUAUGUACUCCUGUGUACUCCAGUUUUCUCAUCUGUUAUCGCGUGUGUUCGUGUGUUUUGGUUGAUUCAUGAAUACUAAUAGCAAGAGCA